AUGUUGCUGAUGUUGGGAAUGCUUUGGUUCCAACUUUGGAAACUUCACAAAAAGGUGGCAAGUGCUUUUAGAGCUUGGAAUUGGGAGGUGUUUGGUGAUGUUCAUGCUAGGGUGGUUAAGGCCGAGAGCAUGGUUCAACAUCUUCAAGCUAUUGAUGAAUCGUCUAAUGAUGUGGUUUCUCAAUUAAAAGAUGCUAAUAAUGAACUCCUUGCUGCAUCCAUUCAGGAGGAAGAGUUAUUACAACAAAAGGUGGGAGAGGUACAUUUUGUUCAAGGUGAUAGGAAUAUGAAAUAUUUUUAUGCUUGGAUAAAACAACGUCAUGCAAAUAAUACUAUUAUUCGCAUUAAAUAUGAUUGUGGUAAUUGGAUUACGAGCAAUCGAGAUCUGGGAGUUAGUGCUGUGCAAUAUUUUCAAAAUCUGUUUCUCCCUUCUCAAAAUGUUGGCACCAUUGAUAGUUCUCUCUUUAAUGAUGUACGAGAUUACACUGAGAAUUUGGUGCUCCGUGGUAUCCCAACUGCAAAUGAUAUUUUUCAGGUUAUUUGCAAAAUUCUGGUUAAGCGUCUCCAACCUCAUCUUAAUCAGAUCAUUUCUCAUAACCAAUCCGCUUUCAUUCAAGGUAGGGGAAUUAUUGAUAAUAUUAUGCUUGCCCUGGAAUUACUCCUUGACAUUGAUAGGAAAUUUCAUGGCAGUAAUAUGAUUACUAAGCUGGAUAUUUGUAAAGCUUAUGAUUCUCUUAAUUGGGAAUUUAUUUUAGACAUUCUCAAAGCCAGAGGUUUCUCUACCUCGUUCCGAUAUGUUUCAAUUUCCUCUGUACUAUUUGCUGGAUUUUCAUUUCUCGGUACAGGAACUGAUCUUGAUGAUGGCUUUUGGCCUAAUGGGCUUGUUAUUAUACACCGGGAUUGCUAG